AUUUAUACCUUAAAUAAAAGACUCCAGUUUUCUUCGGCAAUCAAAUCAAAUCCAUUCAAGAUCCCAACCCCAAGCAUCAAAAUUAAUCAAGUAGCGAAAGGGAAGAUAUUAAUCCACCAAUCAGAAGCUGCAUUACACUCUCUAAAAUCACAGCUUUCCAUUUUCUCAUCCCACAGUCAAUCGCAAACUUAUGUCGGUCUAUCAAUGUAUCACCGUCACCACUGACGCGGCGGUGAUAUUCAGCACUAGCACUGCUUCUGUGGGUGGCUAAUAUACAGUAUAUAUACUACCGGUUUAUAGAAGCAAGACCUCUUUAUAUGAAAUCCUAGUUUUUAUUUCUACUAGAGUUUUUUCUUAGCGAUUUAUUAUAAUAAAGUAAUGGGGAAUGUUAAUGGAAGAGAGGAUGGUGGUGAUGGGAACAGCCCUUCUGGACUUGAUGCGGAGGAUGGUGGUGGCGGUGCGCAGCAAUCUUUGGCCGCUCAAGAGGGUAGAUAUGGUAAUCAUGCUGAUGUAGGAGAGUUCAUGGGUCAAUCCCCCCCGCCCAGUCCUAGGGCUUCUCACUCUCCUUUGAUGUUUAGGCCUCAGAUGCCAGUGGUUCCUCUGCAAAGACCUGAUGAGAUGCACAUUCCAAGUCCAUCAUGGAUGCAAACAAUGUCAGGGCAUGAUGAUAUGUAUUAUGAACAAGGUAUCCCAACAAUGAUUACAUGGAGCUAUGAUGGUAAUGAAGUUGCUGUCGAAGGAUCAUGGGACAACUGGAAAACAAGAACACUUUUGGAGAGAUCUGGGAAAGAUUUCACAAUCAUGAAAGUGCUGCCAUCUGGUGUCUACCAAUAUAGGUUUAUUGUUGAUGGACAAUGGAAGUAUCUCCCUGAUAUGCCUUGGAUCCAUGAUGAAGCAGGCAAUCCUUGCAACAUUUUGGACUUGCAGGAUUAUGUUCCAGAAGAUAUUGAAAGUGUUUCUGGUUUUGAACCACCCCAGUCUCCUGAAUCAAGUUACAACAACUUGCAACUUGUUGCUGAAGAUUAUGCAAAAGAGCCUCCUUUGGUUCCUCCGCAUCUCCAAAUGACUUUGCUUAACAUCCCAUCGGCACAUUUGGAGAUACCACCUCCUUUUUCGAGGCCUCAGCAUGUUGUGCUAAACCAUCUCUACAUGCAGAAAGGUCGGAGCCCAUCAGUGGUAGCACUUGGUUCUACUCAUCGUUUCCUGUCCAAAUAUGUUACAGUAGUGCUAUACAAGUCCAUACAGAGAUGAAGAUCUGGCCCACCUGUUUGGACAAUGGUUUUCAGUCUUUAUAUGUAGUUGAUAUUAGAAUUAAGGUUAAAAUUUCUAGCCCCAUGAGCAAACAUUAAUUGAAAUUUGGAAUAUAAGGGACUUUGAUAAUUUAUUCAACUUGGGGAUAAUUAUUUUGGUGUCAAAUUUUUGGA